AAGGGUGUCACACCAUUCUCUUUUUAAGCGGAUAAAAUUAUAGUACAAAUGAAACCGAAGCAAGUAACAAAACCUUCUCAGAAAAACAAAGGAAAAAAGAUAUGGCAGCCAUGUUUAUAACCAGAACUACUCUCUUUCGCUUCUCAAAGUCUCUCCCUCACGCCCCUUACCUCUCCUUCAAACCCUCCAGGGUCACCUUCGCUUCCUCUCCCAACUCUUCAGAGUGGAGAAAUGCGUCAGAGGGAACGAGAGACGCAAGACGCAAUUGGACAUAUGAUUCUCCAGAGCCAAAGCGUAAGGCAGAUGAUGCGUCGGAGAGGGCGAAGGAAACGGCAAGAGAAGGCGUGGAGAUGGCGAAGGAUCAAGCGCGAGAAGCGAAAGACAGAACCAAAGAAUACGCACAAGACGCGAAGGAGAAGACGAUGGAUGCGGCGGGGUCAGUGAGGGAUAGCGCGGAGAAUGCGAAAGAGAGGGCGAAAGAGUAUGCGUACGAGACCAAAGAAAGUGCAAAGGAGGCGGCGGGAACAGUGGCGGAGAAGGGUAAGGAGGGGGCGGAGAGGACGAAGCAGAAGACGGAGGAGGUGGCGGCAUCGGCCGGAGAGACGCUGAAGAACGUGGGGGAGAAGGCGAAGCAGGGCGUGCAAGGGGCGUGGGACGCGGCGAAGGACACCACACACAAGAUUAAGGAAACCUUGGUUGGGAAGGAUGAUGAUGAUAAUGAUGGUCAUGGACAUGGUGGUUUUGUUCUGAAGGAUGAUGACGAUGAUGUUUCAGGGUUGAAGAGAAGAGUUGGGAAGAGUUCUGAUGAGAAGGGCUAUUAUUAGAGGAUAAAUGACUUAGUUUAAUUGUGGUGCUGUAUAUGUAUCAAUAUUAGUAUGUUUGUUUGUAUUGCUGCUUCUCAAUGUGCUGAUAUAUCCUCUUGGAAUAAAACUUUACAUGCAUUCCAUUUUUA